CCUCAAUUUAAACCUCACUUGCUCCUUACUUCUUCUCCCCCUCCCGACUUAAAACCAAACAUCUCUCUCUCUUUCCUCUCUGCGUCUCGGCUAAGCAAAUUCAAAAAGUAAGAUUACUGAAAGAGAAUGGGUCGGGGAGUCAGUGCUGGGGGAGGUCAGAGUUCUUUGGGCUACCUCUUUGGAGGUGGAGAGGCCGCUAACACUCCUCCAGCUGCUAAGACUGAAGUUAAGGCUUCAAAUGGUGAGUCUUCCACCAACCCUGCUGCUGUUUCACAGCCUGUGGAUGCCAUUAAGCAAGUUCCAGCCGGCAUUCAAAGUAAUAACGCCAACAACUAUAUGCGGGCAGAUGGCCAAAACUGUGGAAAUUUUCUGACGGAAAGGCCGUCAACCAAGGUCCAUGCUGCUCCUGGCGGUGGUUCUUCACUUGGUUACCUGUUUGGUGAUGGCAAGAAAUGAUUUGUACCUGAGACCUGUGGCCUGUUGCUUGUGGAAUUACUUUGAAAAACAAAAAUUCCUUAUUAUUUGAUGUUUGGAUCGUGAAAUUUAUGUGGAACUGUCUUAUUUUCAGUCACUUCCAUGAUUGAAUUUGACAAUGGGAGUUAUAAAAGCAAUGCUGGAAAUGAAGGCAUUUGCUGAUAAUCUCUCUUGUUUCUAUUGGAACAGGCAUGUUAAUGGAAGUAAUAUGCUAGUGAUACAUGUUCUUUUUUUGAGUGAUGUGUUA